AUGGCCUCUGAAUGUACCCUGAUGGAUCCCAUCUGUCUGGUGGAAAAUCAGAAUAAUCAGCUGACAGUAAACCCAACAGCACUGGAGAUUCUAGACAAGAUCUCUCAGCCUGUGGUGGUGGUGGCCAUCGCAGGUCUGUAUCGAACAGGAAAAUCCUACCUGAUGAACCGCCUGGCAGGAAAGAACCAGGGUUUUCCUCUGGGCUCCACAGUGCGGUCUGAAACCAAGGGCAUCUGGAUGUGGUGUGUACCCCACCCCUCCAAGCCCAACCACACUCUGGUCCUUCUGGACACUGAGGGCCUGGGCGAUGUGGAAAAGGGUGACCCUAAGAAAGACUUAUGGAUCUUUGCCUUGGCCGUGCUUCUUAGCAGCAUGUUUGUCUACAACAGCAUGGGCAGCAUCAACCACCAGGCCCUGGAGCAGCUGCACUAUGUGACUGAACUAACAAAGCUAAUCAGGACAAAGUCCUCUCCCAGCUCUGGUGAAGUAGAUGACUCAGCCGAGUUUGCAAGUUUCUUUCCAGACUUUGUUUGGGUUGUACGGGAUUUCACACUGGACUUGAAGUUAGAUGGACGCACCAUCACUGAAGAUGAGUACCUGGAGAAUGCCUUGAAGUUGGUUCCAGGCAAGGAUCACCAAACCCAGAAGUCCAACGUGCCUAGAGAGUAUAUCAGGAAGUUCUUUCCAAGGCGGAAGUGCUUUGUCUUUGACCAGCCUGCAAAUGACAAAAAAGUAUUACACUGUAUGGAGGAGAUGUCAGAAAGCCAACUAGAAUGGAAUUUUCAGGAGCAAUCCAAAAAUUUCUGUCAAUAUAUCCUUACACAUGCAAAAACCAAGACUCUAAGAGAAGAAAUCAUUGUCACUGGAAUCGGGCUGGGGACUCUGGCAAAGGCCUAUGUGGAUGCCAUCAACAGUGGAGCAGUGCCUUGUUUGGAGAACACGGUGACAACUCUGGCUGAGCAAGAGAACUCAGUGGCUCUACAGAUGGCAACUGACCACUACAGUGAACAGAUGGCCCAGAGGGUGAGCUUCCCCACAGACACGCUGCAGGAGCUGCUGGACCUGCACACAACCUCUGAGAGGGAAGCCAUUGCAAUCUUCAUGGAGCGCUCCUUCAAGGAUGACGACCAGGUGUUCCAGAAGAAGCUUAUGGAAACCAUAGCCAUGAAGAAGGAAUACUUCUUGCUGCAGAAUGAAGAGGCAUCUGGAAAAUAUUGCCAGGCCCAGCUUAAGCAGCUUUCAGAGCCCUUGAUGGAAAGUAUUUCUAGGGGAACUUUCUCUGUGCCUGAUGGAUACAAGCUCUACUUAGAAGCAAUGGACAAGCUUGAACAGUCCUAUACCAUGGUACACAGGAAAGGAGUGAAGGCACAUGAGGUAUUCCAGAACUUUGUACAGUCACAGGCUGAAACAAAGGAAUCCAUCCUGCAGGCAGACAUAGCCCUCACUGCUGGGGAGAAGGCUCUAGCAGCUGAGCAUGCCAAGAAUUGGGAAGCUGAGAAGGAACAGGAGCUGCUAAGACAGAAACAGAAGGAACAGCAGGAAAAAAUGUAUGCUCAAGAUAAAAGCUUCCAGGAACACCUAGUCCAACUGAAGGAGAAGAUUAGGAGACAAAGCGAAAGGCGCCUGAAGGAGCAGGAAAGAAUGCUGGAGCACAAGCAGAAGAUUCAAGAAGAACUACUUAUUGAGGGAUUUGAAAAGGAAUCUGAGAAGAUGAGGAAAGAGAUAAAUCAAUUAAAAGAAGAGAUUCAAGAAACUGAAAACAUCUGGCCUUCAAUAUUUGUAGAGCUCUUUUAUAUGGCAGCCAGCGUACUACUUGAGCACUCCCUGGUCCAAUGAAGAAAAUAGGCCAGUUUUCUUUUUUAGAUAGGCCGAGAAU